AUGGGUGUAUCAAACAAGACUCCUGAGUUCCUGAAAAUGAAUCCUAUUGGAAAGAUUCCUGUACUUGAAACUCCCGAUGGCCCAAUAUUUGAAAGCAAUGCUAUUGCUCGAUAUGUUACACGGCUGAAGGUAGAUAACCCCCUGUAUGGCACUUCCUUGAUUGAUUAUGGCCGCAUUGAGCAAUGGAUUGACUUUGCCACUUCUGAGAUUGAUGUUAAUAUUGGGCGUUGGUUAUAUCCACGAAUUGGUAUAGCUGUAUACCUUCCUCCGUCCGAGGAGGCUGCAAUUGCUGCAUUGAAAAGGGCUCUGGGAGCAUUGAACACCCAUCUUGCUUUUAACACCUACUUGGUUGGUCAUGGCAUCACACUGGCUGACAUUAUUAUGACAUGUAACUUGAGUACUGGAUUUAGGGUUAUCAUGACUAAGAGCUUUACAUCAGAAUUCCCUCAUGUGGAGAGAUACUUCUGGACCAUGGUUAAUCAGCCAAAAUUUCACAAAAUAUUGGGUGAUCUGAAACAGACGGAAUCUGUUCCUCCCGUUGCAUCCAAGAAGCCUGCACAGACUAAUGAAUCUGCAAAACCCAAACCAAAGGAUGAACCAAAGAAAGAGGUGAACAAAGAAGUGAAGCCAAAAGAUGUAGCACCAGAGGAAGAAGAAGCUCCCAAGCCAAAGCCUAAGAAUCCUUUGGAUCUUUUACCUCCAAGUACUAUGAUUCUGGAUGAAUGGAAGAGGCUGUACUCUAACACCAAAACAAACUUCCGUGAGGUUGCCAUUAAAGGGUUCUGGGACAUGUUUGAUGCCGAGGGAUACUCUCUUUGGUUCUGCGAUUACAAGUACCAAGAUGAGAACACAGUUUCCUUUGUGACUUUGAACAAGGUGAGUGGCUUUCUGCAGCGAAUGGAUUUGGCCCGCAAAUAUGCCUUUGGGAAGAUGUUGAUCAUUGGUUCUGAGCCCCCAUUCAAGGUGAAGGGAUUGUGGCUUUUCCGCGGUAAAGAAAUUCCUCAGUUUGUUCUUGACGAAUGUUAUGACAUGGAGCUCUAUGAGUGGACCAAGGUCGAUCUCAAUGAUGAAUCUCAAAAGGAGCGUGUCAACCAGAUGAUUGAAGACGCAGAGCCUUUUGAGGGUGAGGCUCUGCUCGACGCCAAGUGCUUCAAAUGA